GUCAUUUCUCGUGACUGGUGGUGAAAUGGUGAACGAGAAUUGAGUUGAGUCUGCUGUAAAACUCACACAUGAAUCAGCUUUUAAAGAACAUAUUGUGGUAGCAGAUCUGUUCGGUUGUCGCCUUUGACUUAAUUUUCUUCAGGUAAAGUGACUAUAAUCAAGUAAAGAUGAGCAAAGAAACUGACACGAAGGUAGAUAACAGCAGCACACCGGAUGAGAGCAAUGUGCAAUAUUACACACGACAAGAGAUUCAAGACCAUAAUGUGAGCGGAGACGCAUGGCUCAUUAUCCACGAAAAAGUUUACGAUGUCACAACUUUCAUGGAGGAGCAUCCCGGAGGUGAAGAAGUUUUGCUGGAGCAAGCAGGUACAGAUGCAACUGAAAGUUUUGAGGAUGUGGGUCAUUCCACAGAUGCCAGAGAGAUGCUCCAGCAAUAUUUCGUUGGGGAGCUCCAUAUGGACGAUCGAAAGAAAGAAUCAAAAAAGGAAGUUUACGUUACAACUUCAGAUGAGUCCAGGUCGUGGACAGCCAUGUUCAUUCCUGCCAUAGCUGUUGUACUUAUGGGUGUCAUGUAUCGAUACUACAUGAUGGAGAACAAAUCAUCCUGAGGUCUUGCAACACUUCAACACAUUUUAUUUCAUUCAUCUGGAGGCCUUCACCUGUUUGACUCAGUGAGCCUAUGAACUCACUCCUCUGUAAAGACCUGACCUUCCUUUCUUCCUUAGCUUCUACCCCAGUGAGGGUUUGGACAUGAUAAAUAGCCCAAUAUUAGCUCAUUUUACUUUUUCUACAUUCUUUCAUUGUGUAGUAGUUCCGUUUUACCAGCAGGACUAAAUAUGAUCAUUAUGGUUUAUGAUAGUCAUGCCAUCUCUGAUAAAAGUCCCUUUUUAAUGUCAGAUUCUGUCAUAGUGUCUUUAUAUUUUGAGAAUCAUUCCAAAUAAAACUCCUUUUAUUUGUAA